CCAUUCAAAACGAUUUUUCCCAAUCAGAGCUCGUGUUUUCCCGAGUUCCCAGUUAUCUUGAACACACUGAAAUCGGAGGUCAGAGAUUUCUGAGUUCCCAGUCAUCUUGAACGCGGCAUAAAUACAAUCAUUGGCUGAAUCUGCACACAGCAUCACUACGAAGCACGUCUCAAUUGUCUACUUACAAAGAACGACCCGACCGAUCAUUACGUUUACCGACCGUAGUAGUGCGUGUUGAUUUUGUCUUUCUAAAUACGUGUUUUAACCAAUGGAAGCGGAAGUGUUGAACCCCCAAAUGAUGGCGGACGUUAAUGGCAACAAUACAUUUCAAAACGCGGAGCUCGAAGUGAUAAAGCUUCAGGAGCUGGUCCGAAAAUUGGAGAAACAAAACGAACAGCUCAGGACAAGAGCUAAUUCAGUAAACAAUUGCAACAAUGGCCCACAUAUAUUUCCAACCUCAUCGGCCUGUCUGCACGGGAGUACAGCGUGUUCUGCUUCUAGUCUGGUUUUCACCGCAAAUUAUUCAAAUCCAGCACUAUCGCAUCCUUGUGCUCUUGGGCCAUACACUUCGUCCGAGGAACCAUUCUCCAAUUUCAAACAAAACUCGGUAUUUGAUCCUGAUGUGGAGGAUGCCACUGUUCUGGACGAGGUCGAUAUUCUAGACCUGGAUACCGUACUCCCGGUUGGAGAGUCUGAUCAUAGCUGGUAUUGGCUGUAUGUGUGUCCUAAGGCCAGGCUACGGGGCGAGUGUUUCCUUAGUCCCCUCCAGUGGAGCAGGCAGGUGCUGGACCACCCAGGCCCUGAAGUGGAGGUGGCCAAGAGGUCCCUGUGCCACAGACUGGAGCAAGGUGUGAGUCGGCAGCAUGCUGCGGUCAGCCCCCAGUCUUCAAUGGAUAGUGAGGUGGGCACUUCAGAGCUGGAGGAUGACACUAUAUCUAUGGGCUAUAAACUACAGGACAUGACAGACGUACAGGUCAUGGCUCGACUGCAGGAGGAGAGCCUGCGUCAGGAGUACGCCACUACGUCUUCUUCGACCACGGCCAGCCGUCGCAGCUCCAGCUUCUCACUCCGGUGCAGCGAGAUGGACCUGGACGAGGAAGAGGAGGAUGAGGAGGGCUACAACCAGCUCCCUCCGCCCCAGCCUCGGCUGCUCCGGACUGGGUCCAUGCAGUGGGGCAGCCUGUCUCACUCACACACCUUCUCCAGUAUCUCCAGUAUCAGGGAGUGCAGCAGACGCAGCACCUCCACCCCUCAGUACUCCCUCAGUGGGUUGUCCCAGUACCAGCAGCAAUUCUCUGGACCCUCCAGACUCAUCGUGGACACACAUGGAUACAGGUCCAGCACAGGUCAGUCUAGAGCUGGGGUGUUCCAUCCUAGUAAACCCACAGGGUAUGCAGGCUUUUGUUACGUAGACAAGCUGCGGAGAAGCAUGCCCAACCUGAUCCGAGCUCCCAGCAUGCAUUGCGAUCCCAGUGUUGUUCCAAGCCUGGUGUCUCCUGUCAAUCACUCAUCUGGCCCCUCCUCCCUGCCAGUAACCAUGCGGAACAGCCAAAGCUUCGACUCGUCCAAUGGGCUCGCACGACUUCAGUCCUCCAUUCCCUCCACCGCCCAGCUCAGCCAGCGAUUCCAGAGUGUGGGAAACUUCCACACAACCCCCAGACACCCUGUCAAGGCCACAGCCUAUGUCAGCCCCACAGUCCAACAGGGUCCCUUCUCCUCCUCCAACAUCCUCUCUACCUCUGCCAUUCUUCACAACAUCCCCAGCAGUGCACCCAAGGCCCUCAAAGUCACCAUCCCCAGUGGUGUCCCCCAGCCCUCCUCCAUCCCCCGUAGUGCCUUACCACGACCCGCCUCUUUCACAGGGACCGGUGGCACCCCCCGCCCCAGCAAGAUUGCCCAGCCCACACACAGUCUAUUGACCCCCCCAAAGAGCCUGGCUGCGCUAAGCGCCCUGAGAGACGGCAGCUGGAAGGAUGGCUGCUACUGAACCCGGGAUGUUGUAUAACACCUCAUCAUUCAUUGGGUUACUGUAAGAUCUCUAUGUUCUGAACCAAGGCCUGAGGCCAUGGAUCAUUCAUAUGGGCCAUAUGAGUCGCAGCUUGAAGGGAUACAGUGCAUUUACAAAGUAUUCACACCCCUUGACCUUCUCCACAUUUUGUUGUGUUACAGCCUGAAUUUAAAAUGGAUUAACAUUUGAUUUCUUUUGUCACUGGCCCAUAAUGUCAAAGUGGAAAUAUGUUUUAACAUUUAUUUUUACAAAUAAAUAAAAAAUGAAAAG